AUGCUCGAAGGUCGUGUGACGUACUCGGCGGAUACCCACGACGAGAGAGAGGUCGGCCAGACGACGAGACAGAAGAGAAGUCGACUUUUAAGCUUCUUCCGACAAGAGAGACACGUCUGGCGGAUCGAUCACGGCCUUCUGCCGCUGCCGGCGGCUAUUUUGUCUGUCGCCGGACGUUCGUUUGUUGUUCAGCAUGCAUGA